CUACAACAAUUACAAAAUUCUGCCACUACAAACCUCUUGAUCCUUACUCAUCAAUCCAUUUUUCUAUUACCAGAAAACAAAACAACUACUACACAAAUAAUACUAGAACUCCACAAGGUCCAACUUACUUUAUACAAUGAUAGUAAUACCUG